GAAAAAGCUGAGACAUAUCUUACAUGAGUCUAUGGUUUAUUCAAAAUUGCCUUUUUUCGUAGGAAUUUCGGUGAACAUGCAUAGAUGUGGAAUACUCAAGAGCGCCAUGUUUGACUUAAUAUGACUUGUCGUUGAGACCAGGGAGAAAAAACGCCUAGGGUAUAAGAUUGGGAUAUGAGGUAGAUGUGGCUUGCGGAAGUUUGUUUAUUGAGCUGAUAGAGCUUACAGUGGGUGGAGGUUAGGGAGCAGACUGUUUCUUAAAUGCUACCUAAUAGGUACCUAUGCACAGCAUUUACGGAUAUGGAUAAGGUCCGAAUAUGGCUUAGAAACUCGGAUCCCCUUUAGAUUUACUUCAUAUGCUUCACAUUGAAUACCUGCCUAAGUGCACAGUCAAUCCUUCCAUCCAUUCAUCACCAGUACCUAUACUAUGGCGAACAUCAACCUCCAAAUCAAGUCUUUGCCAUCUGGCGCCGUCGCCGAGUUCGAGAAAGUCUCAAAAUGGCUUCGGAGCAAUGCUGCCGAGUUUCAGAAUAUCAACGGCAUCAAGAUCUGCAAAAACACCAAAGGAUUGGCAGAUAUUACGAACCAUCUUCUGAAGCAAUUUGCUAGAGUAGUCGAGUCUACUUCAUCGCAGAAUCGCAUCACAGCUAUUCAUUUCGACCAUUCUGCCGCUGUCCCUGUGGAGGAAGGUUGGGUGGUUGAUCUCAUGCCCGUGGAUGUGGAUGAAGGACCUGUGACAGUGGGAAGCCAAAAGCUUAACCUGGGGCAGUAUGUCCACCUAAAUGAGGAGGCAGACGUCUCUGGAAAUUUCUUUGCUCUUCUAUUGUUAUCCCAACUUGAUGUAUGAAGGAUGUUGGUUAAGUCUUACCUGUGAGCGAGAUAAAAUGACGCUAUUAUAGUUAGGUACCUACCUAGGUAGUAAUAAUAGGCGAUGAUUUGCGAAAAAAGA